CAGAAUCACAGGGAGGGUGCGGAGCCAUGGAGGCCCUCUCUUUCCAGGAGUAUAUCUUAUCCCUGGACAUUGCAUCCCUGCCCAGGGUGCUGAAGGUUUGUUCCGGGGUGUACUUCCAAGGGUCUGUGUACGAGAUGAGUGGCAGAGAGUGCUGCUUAUCAACAGGGGACCUGAUGAAAAUUAUUGGCCUUCGCCUGCAGAAGGUCACCUGCGAGGAUCCAGAGACCGGGCUAGCAACAGAGCUGCCUCUGAACUUCAAAGGGCAUUUCCAGCCCAGCCGAGACAAGCUGUCAUACACGAGCCUGAAGAAGCUUGCCAGGACCAGGCCAGCAGGGCUCCAGGACAUGCCCUUCUCCUUCACCUCAGCAGUUGACUUGACCGUGGAUGGGCAGGUCAUUCCCAAGGGCCAGCCUAUUUCCCUGCUUUCGGUGGCCAGGCAUGAGGGCCAGGAGUUUGCCAACUGCACAACCACGGGGCCGGACGGGCAGCAUUUGCUCUGCCUCCCCUUCUCCCUCCAGGGUCAGUUCCAUGAGUGCAGCAGGCAGCAGAGCUACAUGCUGAGCCAGGUGCUGCAGUCGGAAGCCCUGAGGGGCCAGCACCUGAAAUGCUCUGCACUCGGCAGGCACUCACUGCUCCUCUGCCCCGUGUACGAAGUGCAGGCGAUAAUGCACAUGCGGAAGGAGGUGGUGAAAAUCCCCUCCACCCUGGAAGUGGAUGUGGAGGAUGUCACCGAGGAGUCUCAACACAUCCACUUCAUCAAGCCGCUGAUGCUGAGCGAGGUCCUGGGGCUGGAGGGGGCCUUCCCCAUGCAGGCCGAGAUCCUGGAGGGUCCUGAGUACCCACCUAUCUUCGAGAACGACUGGAUUCCCCGCCUGCAGAAGGGGCAGAAGAUCCAAAUCCAUGGCAAGUCCUGUGCCUGGAGGAUCCUCGCCUCGUCCAGCAAGGGCAGGAGGGGCUCCCGGCACUUCCUGCUCUCCAGCACCUACCAGGGCAAGUUUCGGAGACGCCCCCGGGAGUUCCCCACAGUCUUUGACCUGACAGCGAGUCUGGAGAAGGGUAAGUGCCUGCGGGUGGUGGUGACUAAAGACUGUGAGAGCCCCGAGGAGGAUCUGCCGUCUCUCAGCAUGGGGGACCGGCUGGAGGUGCUGCACCUGGCCAAGACCCAGGUCUGCAGGCAGGCAGAGCACAAGUCCAUCGAUGUCCUCCUGUGCAGCAGGAGCAGCGGCGAGGACGAGGAGAGCGAGCAGCUCAUGCUGCCGCUGCACCUGGAAGGCGGCUUUGUGGAAGAGAUCAGCGACAGCAGGAGAUACAGCCUCCCCGAGAUAGUGGAGCAGCUUCAGCUGCCCUGCGAGGUCAAGGUGGCAACCAAGGAUUCUUCCCUUGCCAAUGACGUCCUGGGCUCUUUCUCCGCUCUGCGGCUGGAAGCGCAAAUCACUGAGCCCUUCUUAGUGACCAGCUUAUGCGAGGCGCCGUCAGUGAGCUUCCAGAUCCCCCCCCAAUGGCUGGACAUGGCCGUGUUCUUCACAGAGGAGCCUGCCCCACCGCAGACAUCCCUGACAGACAGGUCAAAAGUCGAAGAGCUGACAGAAUCCUUUUAUUAUCAUUUGCUAAAGCUGAUGCCUAGCAAUGAGGCUCCCCCACCACGGCCCCCCAAAAGAAGGGACAUCAGGGACAAAGCAGGCACCCAGCUAUCUGGAGCCAACGAGGUAACUGAGAAACCAAAGCCACUGCCCCCUUUGUCCAAGUCGAAGUGCACACCCGAGGAGUCUGGGCCGCUGUCCCCCAAGUCUAGGAAUGUGAGGAGUCCCCCGAUUGUCCGGAGCUCCCCGAAUGAGUACUCACCACAUCAGAUUGGCUCGCAGAUGGCCUCCAAGCCUAAGAAACCCUUCGAAGAGGUCAGAGAUGCGAAUGUCAGUGAUGGCUCUGACCACGACUAUGAACUAAUUGAGGAUGACCUUACAAAAACAAUUGAUAAAAUGCAGAAGGCUGUUCUUCACUACUAGGACUCCAGCAUACAGGACAUGACAAGAUGCCAGCCUACGCCAAAGCCACUCCCAGUUCUUAAACUCAGAGAUGAGCACUUGCAAAAGCUAAAUGCAGCACUGAGUCCUAUGAAGUGGCUUCCAACUGCCCUCACCAGUGCAGCCUGAAGAGACAGCUGGGUUCCAGCAGUCACUGCUCCCUUGUGCUGCAAGCAAGCCUGCAGAUUCAGAGACCUGUCCUCUAUGUACUAAAGCAGAGGGCUGGUGUUAUCGGUCCUAUGGUAAGCUAAGUGCUGUCCUUAGCUGUGUAGUUUGGAACCAGGGUUGCUGGAACAAUUUGUAUAGUGGGGGGUGCUGAGAGCCAUUUAAUCAAGCUGUAAAUCUUGUUUAUGAGGGAAAACACUUCAAGUCUAGGGGUGCAGCAGCACCCCCAGCACCCCUAGUUCCAGCACUUAUGUUUGGAACCCCUGGUUUACACUGGUGCACCAGGACAAAUAGGCGGGUUAACCAAGUCUCUCCAAUGAUUCCCCUAGCAGGCACAGAGUCCCAGUAUUCAGGGGAGUCUCCCUUCAAUAAUUGAGUUGUGUGGAUUCAGCUCCUCUGAACUCUGAGAUCUACACUUUUGAGCUGAGCAGAGCAAAGCUGAUCCUGCAUCAGCAUGCCAGCUGGGGGACUGUCAGGGCACACUGCUCUCCUGCACCUGCUCUAGGACAUUUCAGAAGUGACCCCAAGACAAUAUACUUGGGGAACAGUUUUAGUAGUUACCCAAGGGAUGCGCCAUGUUCUUACCCCUGUAUAAACCUGUAUACCCCAUUGUAAACUUCUGGGAUGUGGUGCUGGUCCUAGAGCUCUCUUUCUGCAUUUAUACUUGAUCUGAAGCACCUUAAUUCAGAGCUAUAAGUAAGGGGCUGGAAACGCAGCACCCCUGGCAGGGCCGUCCUUACCCGUACGCAACUGCGUGGGGCACCAGGAAACUUGGGGCACCAAAUUUCCUGGUGCCCUGCGCAGCUGCAUGCUGCUUCAGCCCUUGCCCCACCUCUUCCCGCCCCUGAGGACUGCAGCAGGGCAGGGCCUGCACUCACCGGCGGCAGAAAGUGCAGGGACCCAGACCCAGCCAGUCCCCCAGAAUAGCUAGGGACGGCCCUGACCCUGGAGUCUCGCCUGUGUGCACUCACACCCUGAGGAGGCCCAUAGGCAGUCAUCUACCAGUUGGUGUGGCAGCGCUUGAGUGAUCUUUCACCCGCACUGCAUGGAUAACAAAGAACACUUUUCUGCAGCUGCUGCAUGCUGUUUUGGGUGUGGUUUAAUAUUGUAGGUCAUCUAGGCAGGCCAAAGCUUUCUACCCUGUGUGCCUAAAGUUAGACUCAAUAGAAGAAGCUUCAUUAUGGAAUGGUGCUGAGCAGCUCUCACUGUCAGUGGGAUUUGUGGGUACAUGGCCCUGCUGAAAAUUAGGCUACUUUGUUUAGGUUCCUCACUAUGUAUUUAGAAACUUAACUUUAGGCAGCCAGGUUUGGCAAUAUAAGCCUCAGACUAUCUCCUCCUGUGUGAGAAUCAGUACAGCACUGGCAUGCAGGGCACUGGGUUAGUUUAGCAUAGUUUGUACAGUGCAGUGCUGGCUACAGCUGGGACCCACACAAAUUGCUCACACAUUUACAUAAUUGUAGAGUAUCGGGGUUGGAAGGGACCUCAUGAGGUCAUCUAGUCCAACCCCCUGCUCAAAGCAGGACUGAGCCCCAGACAGAUUUUUUCCCCAGAUCCCAAAGUGGCCCCCUCAAGGAUUGAACUCACAACCCUGAGUUUAGCAGGUCAAUGCUUAAACCAUUGAGCUAUCCCUCCCCCCCGGUUGCCCUGGUUCUGAGGACACAACUCAAACACCAAGGCACAAUGUCCUAUGGAGAAACACUUUGAGGGCUGGAAUUAGACACAUUCUACAGCUCCAGCUGAACUCAUUUCUCCUUUUGAGGACACUGUAAAAAGCUGCAGUUGUGAACCCCAUCCCCCGUUACUUUCAGUGAGUUGCUGGUUUGUCUCAGCCAUUUUUAGACAACCAGAGGCUACAUCUUUGCUCACAGCUGCCAACAUUCCACCUGUCCUUCAGCUCACAGGGUAUCUCGUGCUUGUGAACAAGCCUGUUGGACUAUCUUCCUUUGGCAUGCCCAGUGUGAUACUUGUGAUGACUCUGCUGCGCCCUUGGUCUUUGGCUCUCAUUUAUAAGGUGGCAAAAAAAUAAAUAA